GAUGUCACAAGCCAACUGCAUGAGGCCUCUUUCGGCUUCAUGCCUGCUUAGUCACCAUUCUCUCAUAUAACAAUUAUGGCAGCCGUAGAUACAUACCCUGACAGGGAAUUCAGGUUUCUGAAGUAUCUUGACGAUGCCGAUCAACACCAGGACUCGAUAACCGUCAAGCGUUCCGCCUAUUGGUGCUACUGCGGUCCGCUCCUUGAGCCUUCGAAGUCAUCAUUACCGGACAACUUGAAUGACUUUGAGAGCCAAGUCUUUACUGGCUCUAUUCGCUCGAGACUUGAUCCUUUUCUGAACUAUAUCAAGAAUGUUCUCCUGGACAAGGGGUUUAAGCAUUAUUUCCUCACUAUACGCGCCACGACGCCGACACGCGAAUUUGAUCAACCGAGAUGGCAUACCGAUGAACUCUUCUUCACCACAGACAUACUCCCCGGCACGCGCCUAGGUCUCAAAUCCCAACACCAAAAACAUCAUCAACCCACCGGAACGGACUUCAAGAUCUGCACUACGCUUCUCGGCCCCUCAACGCUCUUCAUACCUGGGUCCCAUCAACUUCACGCACGCAAAGCACAAGAGUCCGCUCGUGACGCUGCAAGCACAGAACAUGAGUGUGUGUCAAUCCGCUGUGUUGGCUGUGCAGCUGCAGCAGAUGCUGUGCGCGAUGAACUAGCUACUGUGCUGGAACCUUUUGGUGCAGAAGCAGCAGAGAUAGGUGAAUGCUCUGUGUUUAAGGUUGGUAGAGAGUAUGGAGCUAUGCAUUCUGAACCUUGUAUGAGCGAGGGAGAUGGUGGAAGGGUUUUCAUUAAUGUUGUGCCAGGGACGGAGGAUGAGUUGAGAGUGCUGAUGAGGAAAUGGGGCAUGGCAUUCCCUAGACAAUGGUGGGUUGGAGGGAGAUGAAUGCGAGACAAAUAAUGAUAUGCAUAUAGUGUAUCUUCGCUUCUUGAUACGUUAGAGCAAGGAUCUUGUUGAGGGUUGGAGAUUGUUGGUCUCAUGGUCAACACGUGUCUUGCCGCAUUGAGGCUUCACAGCAUGGGCUCUGGUAGGACUGCAGGGUAGCACGGACACAUGACAAUUAAAGUUGAAAACCAGCCUCUGUCUAUGUCUUGGUCUCACGUCGAAAGUUACUAUCUCGUAAAAUAUCAUGUUGGAGGAUGUCUUGAUGCAGAAUUGCUUCAAUAGCUGGGGUGAUACAGAGAAAUUAUAUCAACUGGUUACGUAUUUUGGGCGACA